AUGCGCCCCAACCUCAACCCCCUCCACACUUCCUUCCACCCUCCCUCUUCUUCUUCUACUACUCCUCGUCCUCAAGACCAAGUUCAACCCACCAGCAACACCAGCCCAACAACCAGCCCAACCAGUCCCACCACCACCGCCUCAAUCUCCUCGCCCUCCCCACCCACCUCUCCCUUCUACAACCUCACCACUACAAGUCACCGACCUCGCCGCCUCCACCACAACAACAACCCGCCAACCCACCACCGCCGAGGCCGUCUCCCCACCCGCGAUCGCCACCCCUACUCCAACACCAACACCCACCAUCCCUCCUACUCCCCAUCCUCCACCAGCGCAAGCCCCAGCCCGGGCUCCCCCUUCCGCCUCAGCGCGUGUUCCCUCUUCGGCGCAUCCUCUUCAUCCCCGCGCCCGUCCUCAACCAUCUUCCUCCGUCGACGCCCCUCGCGCACAGAAGUCGCCCUCCGCGAAGAACGAUGGCGCGCAGAAGAGGAUAGCAUCGAGCGGCUGGGGCUCGAGAUGUUAGAGCCCAGACCCUCGGGCCCUUAUACCUCGGGCUCGUACGCUGCGUCAGCGGCCUUUGGGAUUGGCGGGUUUGAGGAUAUGGAGAUGGGGUUGGCGCCGAGUAUGAGUAUGGAUGGGGCGGUGGAGAUGGAUUCGUCUUUCUCUUCUUUUUCUUCGGGGUUGGGACUUGGGUUGGGAACUUGGGGACAACAGCAGAGGGUUGUCAUGGAGGGGAUAUUUGAGGUUAUGGAGGAGGGGAGAUGA